AGUCAUUGCACAUGUCAGGGAUGAACAAGGCAAUGUAAACCCGAUGACCUUGGUGAAUAGAACUGGAGGCCAUGACUGGCAUGAAUGGUUUGACAGAGAAGUACCUCCUGGAACAUUUAAGUUUGAGAUCAUUGGUGAUUGUCAAAGCUCUGGUUUCAUGGUCAUCAGUCAAGUUGGAGGAUAUGAUGGACAGUGUGGUGCCUUCCAAGGUCAUCAUAACAUGGGUCCCCCUAUGUGUGGAUUCCGUGACUUUGAAGAACCAUUGUGUGGAAUGGAACAAGACCUAAAUGAUGAUGGAGACUGGAAUAAUGACACACAAGCUGGUCGGUUAGACAUCAGUUGCUCAGCUCUGCAGGGUGUGGCCAAGUUGUUGUACGUGAAACAACUUAAUCAUACCACCUGUGUCAACAUUGAGGCUGGAAUGUUCAAUGCCACACCAGGAGACAAAUUCAUUGUCAUUGCACAUGUCAGAGAUGAACAAGGCAAUGUAUACCCAAUGACCUUGGUGAAUAGAACUGGAGGUCAUGACUGGCAUGAAUGGUUUAAGAGUGAAGUGCCUCCUGGAACAUUCAAGUUUGAGAUCAUUGGUGACUGUAGUAGCUCUGGUUUCUUGGUCAUCGAUCAAGUUGGAGGAUAUGACGGAAUGUGUAGAAGUUAUGAUGGGCAUUCAGGUCCUGGAAACAUGGGUCCCCCUAUGUGUGGUUUCCAUGACUAUGAAGAACCACUGUGUGGAAUGGAACAAGACAUCAAUGAUGACGGAGACUGGCAUAAUAACACACAAGCGGGCCAGUUAGAAAUCAGUUGUUCAGCUCUACAAGGUGUUGCCAAGUUAUUGUACAUGAAGCAACUUAAUCUUACCACCUGUGUCAACAUUGAGGCUGGAAUGUUCAAUGCCACACCAGGAGAUAAUUUCAUUGUCAUUGCACAUGUCAGAGAUGAACAAGGCAACGUAUAUCCAAUGACCUUGGUGAACAGAACUGGAGGUCAUGACUGGUUUGAAUGGUUUUCCAGAGAAGUGCCUCCUGGAACAUUCAAGUUUGAGAUCAUUGGUGAUUGUCGUAGCUCUGGUUUCAUGGCCAUCAAUCAAGUUGGAGGAUAUGAUGGACAGUGUGGUGGCUAUGGUGGUCAUUCAGGUCAUCGUAACAUGGGUCCCCCUAUGUGUGGUUUCCAUGACUAUGAAGAACCAUUGUGUGGAAUGGAACAAGACCUCAAUGAUGAUGGAGACUGGCAUAAUAACUCACAGGCUGGCCAGUUAGAAAUCAGUUGUUCAGCUCUACAAGGUGUGGCCAAGUUGUUGUACAUGAAGCAACUUAAUCAUACCACCUGUGUCAACAUUGAGGCUGGAAUGUUCAAUGCCACACCAGGAGACAAAUUCCUUGUCAUUGCCCACGUCAGAGAUGAACAAGGCAACGUUUACCCAAUGACCUUGGUUAACAGAACUGGAGGCCAUGACUGGUUUGAAUGGUUUGACAGAGAAGUGCCUCCUGGAACAUUCAAGUUUGAAAUUAUUGGUGAUUGUCGUAGCUCUGGUUUCAUGGCCAUCAAUCAAGUUGGAGGAUAUGAUGGACAGUGUGGUGGCUAUGGAGGACAUUCAGGUGGCUAUGGUGGUCAUUCAGGUGGCUAUGGUGGUCAUUCAGGCCAUGGAAACAUGUGUCCUUCUAUGUGUGGUUUCCAUGACUAUGAAGAGCCAUUGUGUGGAAUGGAACAAGACCUCAAUGAUGAUGGAGACUGGCAUAAUGACACACAAGCUGGCCAGUUGCAAAUCAGUUGUUCAGCUCUGCAAGGUGUGGCCAAGUUGUUGUACAUGAAGCAACUUAAUUUUACAACUUGUGUCAACAUUGAGGCUGGAAUGUUCAAUGCCACACCAGGAGACAAAUUCCUUGUCAUUGCACAUGUCAGAGAUGAACAAGGCAACGUAUACCCAAUGACCUUAGUCAAUAGGACUGGAGGCCAUGACUGGUUUGAAUGGUUUUCCAGAGAAGUGCCUCCUGGAACAUUCAAGUUUGAGAUCAUUGGUGAUUGUCGUAGCUCUGGUUUCAUGGCCAUCAAUCAAGUUGGAGGAUAUGAUGGACAGUGUGGUGGCUAUGGCGGACAUUCAGGUGGCUAUGGUGGUUAUUCAGGUCAUGGAAACAUGGGUCCCCCUAUGUGUGGUUUCCAUGACUAUGAAGAGCCAUUGUGUGGAAUGGAACAAGACAUCAAUGAUGAUGGAGACUGGCAUAAUGACACACAAGAGGGCCGGUUGCAAAUCAGUUGUUCAGCUCUGCAAGGUGUGGCCAAGUUGUUGUACAUGAAGCAACUUAAUUUCACAACUUGUGUCAACAUUGAAGCCGGCAUGUACAAUGCCACACCAGGAGACAAAUUCCUUGUCAUUGCACAUGUCAGAGAUGAACAAGGCAACGUAUACCCAAUGACCUUAGUCAAUAGAACUGGAGGCCAUGACUGGUUUGAAUGGUUUAAGAGUGAGGUACCUCCUGGAACAUUCAAGUUUGAGAUCAUUGGUGAUUGUCGUAGCUCUGGUUUCAUGGCCAUCAAUCAAGUUGGAGGAUAUGAUGGACAAUGCAUGGACUUUGGUGGCCAUUCAGGCCAUGGAAACAUGGGUCCCCCUAUGUGUGGUUUCCAUGACUAUGAAGAACCAUUGUGUGGAAUGGAACAAGACAUCAAUGAUGAUGGAGACUGGCAUAAUGACACACAAGAGGGACGGUUGCAAAUCAGUUGUUCAGCUCUACAAGGUGUGGCCAAGUUGUUGUACAUGAAGCAACUUAAUUUCACAACUUGUGUCAACAUUGAAGCUGGCAUGUACAAUGCCACACCAGGAGACAAAUUCAUUGUCAUUGCACAUGUCAGAGAUGAACAAGGCAAUGUAUACCCAAUGACCUUAGUCAAUAGAACUGGAGGUCAUGACUGGUUUGAAUGGUUUAAGAGUGAAGUACCUGCUGGAACAUUCAAGUUUGAGAUCAUUGGUGAUUGUCAUAGCUCUGGUUUCAUGGCCAUCAAUCAAGUUGGAGGAUAUGAUGGACAAUGCAUGGACUUCGGUGGACAUUCAGGCCAUGACAACAUGGGUCCUUCUAUGUGUGGUUUCCAUGACUAUGAAACACCAUUUUGUGGAAUGGAACAAGACCUCAAUGAUGAUGGAGACUGGCAUAAUGACACACAAUUGGGACAUGUGGGAAUGAGUUGUUCAGCUUUCCAAGGUGUUGCGAAGUUGUUGCAUAUGGAACAACUUAAUCAUACCACCUGUGUCAACAUUGAAGCUGGCAUGUUCAACGCCACACCAGGGGAUAAAUUCAUCGCCAUUGCACAUGUCAGAGAUGAACAAGGCAAUGUAUACCCAAUGACCUUGGUUAACAGAACUGGAGGUCAUGACUGGUAUGAAUGGUUUUCCAGAGAAGUGCCUCCUGGAACAUUCAAGUUUGAAAUUAUUGGUGAAUGUCGUAGCUCUGGUUUCAUGUUCAUCAAUCAAGUUGGAGGAUAUGAUGGACAGUGUGGUGCAUAUGGCGGCCAUGGAGGCCAUGGUGGUUACUAUGCACAAACAAAAGAGUGGUGCUACCCAGGAUUUCUGGAUGGAGUGGAUAUGCGACAUGGACAUGAUAGGCCCCCUGUCUGUAUGCUUAGCCAACAUGAAAGCUGUAAUCUCGUACAAGAUCAGAGGCAUGAUGACUUUGACUGGACCACUCCCCAAAAUGAUGGAGAGUUCUACGCCCUUGAUUGCAGUAAUCAUAGCCCUGGUGACAGGGCGGCUUUGAACUUGAGAGAAAUAUUCAAUGUGGGCGGUCCUACUUGUGGUUUUGUUCUCUACACUGCCCUGACGGACUCCCCCGUUGAUCUCAUGGUGGUGAACCAUGGCCCCAAUGGUCCAGAGAUUCUCUACAACAUCUCGCGCGGUGUCAUACCGCAGGCUCAUCUCGAGAGGCACAUGGGCAACAUGACGAUGAACUAUGCCAUGGUGGACUUCCCACCUGGCCAAUACAACCUCAGCUUUGUUGGGGCUUGUGGAGCAGGACCAGGUGUACACAUGGUAUUGCUGGGACUUGGAAGUUCACCAAAUACCACAUGUGAUGAAUUUCUGCAAAGGACAGAACAGAUGCAUUUCUCUAUGGAUGCUGGAGAAAAGCUGGGAGCCGACUUUACUUGCACAUUCUCUGACACAAAUAGCUGUUAUUUGUCUCAAGUUCAAGGACAAGACGACUUUGAUUGGAUGGAACCUCAGGGAGAUGGUCCAUACACCCUUGACUGCAGUAACAGAAAUAACCAAAGAGCUGUACUGAUGGGAGAUUUUGUUACCAACAUCACUGAACAACGAUGUGGCUACAUUUUAUAUUCUAUCUCUGGUGAUGCUGAGUUGUCUUCUACAGGACAUUCUGCCACUGGAGGCCAAGACGUCCAUUUUAGUAGCUCAAAUCCAUUGGAUAGCUUCACCUUCAACGUCAGUCAUAAUGGAAUGGAAGUUACAGUUGGGUUAAUGGAGAGUCCUAUUGGUUCAUACGUCUACAGUGUAGAGGGCACCUGCGGUAAUGAUCUUGGUGUCCAAGUUGAAUUCUUCGGAUCAGGCUCCAUACCUCACGUGUCAUGUGAUGAAAUAAAGGGUAUGAUUCAUGGAAUGAUGGGACCCUCAGGGCCCUCAGGGCCAUCAGGGUCAUCAGGGCCAGCUGGUCCAUUUGACCUCACUGGAGAAUUGCUGGGAGCCGACAUUACUUGCACAUUCUCUGACACAAAUGGUUGCUAUUUGUCUCAAGAUCAAAGACAAGAUGAUGUUGAUUGGAUGGAACCACAGGGAGAUGGUCCAUAUACCCUUGACUGCAGUAACAGAAAUAAUCAAAGAGCUGUACUGAUGGGAGAUUUGGUUAACAUCACUGAACAACGAUGUAGUUAUAUUUUGUAUUCUAUCUCCGGUGAUGCGGAGUUGUCUUCUACAGGACGCUCUGCCAAUGGAGGCCAAGACGUCCAUUUUAGUAGCUCAGAUCCCUUGGAUAGCUUCACCUUCAAUGUCAGUCAUAAUGGGAUGGAAGUUACAAUUGGGUUUAUAGACGGUCCUGUUGGUUCAUAUCUCUACAGUAUAGAUGGCACUUGCGGUAAUGAUCCUGGUGUCCAAAUUGCGCUCUUCGGAUCAGGCUCCAUACCUCAUGUGUCAUGUGAUGAAAUGAAGGGUAGGAUCCAUGAGAUUAUGUUAUACGGCGAUUCACCUGCUUUGCCACUUGGUAAUUUCCAUGGUAUCCCAGAAUUGGUCAAUUACACCUGCAUGAUAAGUGAACACAAUCCCUGUAACUACAUCCAGGUCCAGGGCCUAGACGAAUUGGAUUUCACCACCAAUAAGGAAUUACGAGGACGCCUUGCCUUGAAUUGCUCAGGUACAAAUGCUGGCGAUACUGCCGCAAUUGCAAAUUUAAUGUCGCAUUCUGUUCUCGCUCCCUCUUGCGGGUUCAUACUUUAUGGGAGCGAUCACCAUCGUGAUGUGGCCAUGACAGUUCUUGAACAGCAGUAUGGCCAGUGGCGUCCACUGUUUGACCUCCAGCCACCUCAGGUCCCACUGAAUUACGUGAAGAUGCCAGUGGGCCAGGGCUUGACUGCUUACUUGGCGUUUGCCGACAUCAUGCCAGGGGAGCAUAAUUAUUCAAUCGCAGCUUCUUGUGGAACACAGCCGGGGAUUGAACUUGUGCUUCUUGGCAUGGGGCUGCUGCCAGUGCCCUGCGAUGCUGUCUUUGAGAUGUUGAACUACACAAGACCAGGAGUGUGUGAUGACAACCCUUGUGAGAAUGGCGGAACAUGCCACGAGAUGUCUCUAACACAGCCUUACUGCGAGUGCCCUCCACGCUUCAGUGGGAUGUUCUGUGAGAUGGAUUUGAUCAAUGACCCUGUAUACCAGUUUGUAUACAUCCACAGUUGUAAUGUCUCAGAACCUCAUGGAUGUGGAUUGGACAUGAAUUUUAAGGAUACUGACUUCAAUUGGACAAAAACUGAUAAAGCUGGUUGGGUUUUGGACUGCAAUGGACAGUUCCCCGAUGACAGCGCCAUUGUGGGCAUGUCAGAAUUCAUGAACAUCACCCAAGAAACCUGUCUGUCUGGAGUGUUCCAUAAGCCAAUUCCAGAAACCGGUUUGGAAACAUGGGCAAUCUACGAUGAAGGCGAGCCUCAGUUUGUGGCCAGCUUGACCGGUGCCAACAGCCACAAUGGCCUGAUUGGUGCCGGAGUGACCAUUCCACCAGGAGCAUACAGAAUUGGUUUGCGCGGCAUCUGUGCUCGAGGUGGCGGAGUUCAAGUGCAUAUCCCUACAAUUGCCUUCUUGCCUGGAAAUUGCACAUUCUGGGCCGAAUCUUUGAUGGGAAGAACUGAAGUGGACGUCCUUCCUCCUGCCCCUCCAUUUGAACCUUUCAUAGAUGGAGAUGACUGUGCAAGUAGCCCUUGCCAGAAUGGCGGCACCUGCAAUGAUGUAUGGGCCGACUUCUACUGCAACUGUACAGCUGAUUUCUAUGGCAAAUUUUGUAACAUGAGCUUUGAAGGUAUCAAUGAAUGCGAGAGCAACCCCUGCAUGAACAAUGCAGAGUGUAUUGAUCUGAACCUGGCCUUUGAGUGUGACUGUCCUCCAGGAUUCAUUGGGGAUAGGUGUGAGAUCAACUAUGACGAGUGCCAGUCCAACCCUUGCUCCCCUGAAUCCAACUGCACGGAUAGAGUCAAUUCAUUCUUCUGUGAAUGUCUACCUGGGUACACUGGACAGUUCUGUGACUCUCAAAUUGACGAGUGUGCAAGCAAUCCAUGUCAAAACAAUGGCUACUGUAUCGAUGAUGUAGCAAUGUUUAUUUGCGAAUGUGACGUGGGUUACACAGGAGCAGUGUGUGAAAUCAACAUUGAUGACUGUGCUGGUGUUCAGUGUCAAAACAAUGGAACCUGUGUGGAUUUAAUAGAGGACUAUUACUGUGCCUGUAAAAACCUCACAACUGGAGAUUACUGUGAAGUCUUGGAACCAUUUUAUCAAGCUUGGGGAGCCUGGGGUUCGUGCUCAGAGGAGUGUGGUGCAGGAGCCGUACGCACGCGUGUACGCACAUGCACUGAUAUAUCUGGUGCAGAUCGCCCUGUGUCCCAUUGCGAAGGCUACAACCGCGGACCAUCGAAGGAGGUCACAAACUGCAACCUUGAACCCUGUGUUGCUGCAUUUGAUCCAUGCUCCCUCCAGCCAUGCGGCACGCUCCACACGUGCGCUGUCGUAGAUACCACGGGCAGGUACAAAUGUGCAUGUGCCAGUGGCUACCAGCACCCUGUGGAUGACAAUGGAAAUGAGAUCCAAAACCAGUGUGUUGACACUGACGAAUGUGACAUCACCCAGUUCCCCAUCAGCGACUGCAGAGAACCUGGUGGCUCCACCAAACUACUUCCUAGUGUCGCUGAAUGCGUCAACUUGGAGGGAACUUACCUCUGCUACUGUGCUGACGGUUUUGUGAGGGACAAAAAUGCUACGCGUAAAUGUAAAGAUAUUGAUGAGUGUGCUCUUGGACUGCACAAUUGUGAUGUCAAUGGUAGAGCCAAGUGUAUCAAUCGCCCGGGUGGAUUCAGAUGCAGCUGUGUCGCCCCCUACAGGGGAAAUGGUACCAUAGGCACAUGUAUUGAAAAGAGACUGAUUCCAUUUGAGAACCAUCAUAAGGUGCCAUUUGCAGGCAGCAAUGUAUCUGUGAUAUCCCAAUUCUUCUUCCCCAAGUAUGGCAUACCACUGUACGGACAACAGAUUCAUCCUUCCCUCUAUUUUGUCCAACACGGAGUCAUCAUGGUGACAGAUGUGGAAAUUUGGGAGGCCGAGGCUGACAGCACCAAGCUUCAGAAAGCCUUCCGUAACCCCACCAAAUUCCCACUGAGACAGGCAUAUUUUGGAUUGGACUUUAGAGAGGUUGCAGGCAUUGGUCCUUAUUGGGUUAACAUGCAUAUGGAGAACGAUAGAGAUGGGCGUGGUAUCUACUACAAAGAGUACGGUCUAGAUAACAGCAGAGAUGCAGAUUUUCUGAAAGCGGCUUCUCUUCAGAUGAAGGCCGCUCAUAAUUUGAGCUCCUUCAGUGGAGAAUACAUGUUUGUGGUCACCUGGAACAAGAUGCAGCAUAAGAUUAACAAGUGGCAGGAAGUAACAUUCCAAGCUAUCAUUGUGACAGACUACAAGAAUACCUAUGUCCGUUAUGUUUAUGAUGACAGGGGUAUGAAAUGGAACCUGACCCUGAACGCUGCUAACUCGCCUAACUUCCCUGGCCGAGUGGGCUACCUGGUCAACACCUGGUCGCCAUUUGUGUGGAAGGCCGAGGAGUACCAAUACUCCUAUGCCAGUGUGGCGGACAAGGCCCACAUGGAGAGAAUUGACAAUGAAGUUGGCACGAGGGCGGGAGUCUUUGACUAUGCUCUCAGUGAUAACCCAGAUGACUUUGAGAAUCCUGGAAAAGCUUGUUAUGAUUGGAUCCAGGAGGACAUACUGUAUGACAGUAUUAAAGGAAAGCUUGAUCAAGAGGAGACUGGGAAGUGUCCGGCUUUCUUGGACCAACUGUCUUCUAGCUGGAUAGAGUUCCGUAGCAACUGGAUCGCCACGUGCUACAUAAGACGCAUGCCAAUGGGAUCAGGCGACGAGGCACGCUCUCCACGCUGUUGUUACGAUUUCCUCGGAUCCCGUGUGGAUGAUUGGUUCCUAUUGGACGGCAUGAACAUCUUUAGAAGAUUUAGUGCUACCAGUGCUCGUGGUAGGAAGGAGAUAAAGGCAUUCCAGAACUGUUGUUGGAAUAGCUGGGUCCACUGCUUUGACUACAUUGAAAGAAGACCAGUGUCCAGUUCCCUCUUCUUCUUUGCUGCCUCUAUUGCUCUGUCAGCUGGUGACCCUCACAUCACCACCCUGGAUGGCCACCAAUACUCCUUCAAUGGCUGGGGAGAGUACACCCUGAUCAGUGGCAACCACUUCACGCUGCAAGGCCGCACGGCGCCUGCGUACACCACCACCCCACCACCACGUGCCACUGUGUUCACGUCGUUUGCGGCACAGCAGGUGGUCCCAGGGAGCUCUAACAGUGAUAUUGUAGAGUUCAGGCUGAAUGCUACUGGGAAUGGUGUGGAUGUCCUCGUGAACAAGAUACUCCAGAAUGGCUCAUUCAGUGGAAAUGGACAGGCCUUUAACAAAGUGGUCAUCUCAGAGCUGAAUGGACGCUACACUAUGGUGUUCUCAACGGAGAUAGAAAUCAAAGUGGAGGCUUCCCUGAACAUGACCUCCGUCUCCGUUGUCUCACCUGCAGCGUGGAACUCUACUCUGACGGGCCUGAUGGGUAACUUCAAUGGGGAUAAGAACGAUGAAUAUGCUUAUCCCAAUGGUACAACAAUCCACAUCAACUCCACUGAGGAACAAGUAUUCUACUGGGGCCAGCAAUGGGCAAUUGACCCAACACUGUCAUUGUUCUCAUAUGAUGAUCUCAGCGCUUACAAUGCUAGUGACUACGGCAACUACACCUUUGUACCACUAUUCUUCAACUUGGAUACCAUGUUCUCUGACAAUGCCACUCGAGAUUCAGCCAUCGCCACUUGUGGUGGAAUUAACAACUUGAACAGAGAGUGCGUCUUCGACAUUGCCCUCACUGGAAAUGAAGAUGUUGGUGCUGCCACCUCUGCCUCACAGCAACAAUUGGCAGCAGAGCAAGCCGCCCAGAACAACUUCCCUCCAACCUUCACCAGUAAUAACACCAUUCUUCAAGUGAGAGCAGGCGAAAAUAUGGCUGACGUAACCUUUGGUGCCUCGGACCCCAACAGUGGCGACACCGUCACCUUCAGUCUGGCCAGCCCCACACCAGAGGGUUGUUCCAUCGAUUCUGCCACUGGUGUGCUAUCAUGGAGCUCUGUACCUUCUAACCUCACCAGUAACGAUACCGUCAAAGUCACUGCCAGCGAUGGCAAGGCAUCUUCUUCUGUUGUUGCCAAAGUGCAUUUCUGUAGCUGUCAGAAUGGCGGCACAUGCAAAUAUGAUGUCAUAACCUCUACAGAUAACUUCGUCACCGUUCCCUGUCAGUGUCAGAGCGGCUACGAGGGCGCUCAGUGUCAGACAGACAUCGAUGGGUGUGCAGACACCCCGUGUUUCACAGGUGUGGCAUGUGAGGACAAACCAGCUCCUCAGACUGGCUUUACCUGUGGCACUUGUCCCCUGGGGCUUAUUGGGGAUGGUACCGCCUGCGCUGAUGAAGAUGAGUGUCAGAAUGACCCGUCCCCCUGCUCUCAGAACUGCGCCAAUUUGGCAGGAAGUUACCAGUGUUCUUGUAACACAGGGUACCUGCUUGGCCCAGACCUCACCACCUGUAUUGAUGUGGAUGAAUGUAGCCGUGGCACCCAUGACUGUGACACCAACGCAGCUUGUAACAACACUGCUGGUUCAUUUGUGUGUACAUGUGCCACUGGGUAUGCUGGAACUGGCAAGACAGGAGAGUGUCAAGACAUCAAUGAGUGUUCCUCCAAUCCCUGUGUGACAAAUGCACAGUGUCAGAACUCUGCUGGAAGCUACUCCUGUAGCUGUGCCCUUGGAUACCAACUGAAUCCUCUCACCUCUGCCUGUGAUGAAAUCAAUGAAUGUGAUGGUGAUAACAAUUGUGAACAGUUAUGUACCGAUGGCAUGGCAACUUAUACAUGUAACUGUACCACAGGAUACAGACUUAACCCUGCUGAUUAUGUCUCCUGUCUACCUGAGCAGCAGUGUUCUAGCUCUGAGGCAACCACCUGUAGUAAUGCUGGAGUGGUCAACCCUACCUGUGCGGUCAUCAGUGGGGUGCCCACUUGUUCCUGCCCAGAUAACUAUGCCCUGGACAGUGACAUGAAGUGCAUUGAUGUGAACGAGUGUCUGGGCUCCCAUCAGUGUCUGCCAGCAGGUGUCGCCACCUGUACCAAUAUCGUUGGAGGAUACAACUGCUCCUGCAGCUCAGGGUACAAACUGGAUCUGAACCAGAGAACUUGUAUUGAUGUGGAUGAGUGCACAGAGACCACAGCUGGUGGCGCCGCCCUACAUAACUGUGAUCUUACAAAAGGCUCCUGCACCAACACCGAUGGUGGUUAUACCUGCAGUUGCUCUGGUGGCUACAACCUGAAUGCAGAUGGGAUCACUUGUGAUGACAAAGAUGAAUGUGCCUCCGCAACAACUAAUGAUUGUGACAAGAAUUAUGCAUCCUGUAACAACACUGUUGGCAGUUACAGUUGUGCCUGUAACACUGGCUACACUGGAGAUGGCUUCAUCUGUGCUGAUGAGAAUGAGUGUAGUCGUGCUGACCAGGGUGGAUGCAUCCAGGGCUGCACCAACAACAUGGGAAGCUACUCUUGCUUCUGUGGAAAUGGCUACGUCCUUAAUGCUGAUGGAUAUAGUUGUGAUGAUUAUGAUGAGUGUGCUUUGGAAGCAGACCAUGGAUGUUAUUCCAGUGUCUAUUGUAAUAACACUGUUGGUAGUUAUAUCUGUACCUGCCCCACAGACUUUGUGCUCAAAGCAGACGGCACCACUUGUGAACCUGCUAACCAGUGUGAUAGCGGCCAUGGCUGCUCUUACAUGUGUGCCAAGAUCAACAACACUGAUGUCUGUCAAUGUGCUAAAGGCUACAACCUGGCCAGUGAUGGCAAGAACUGCACAGAUAUUGAUGAGUGCGCCUCCAGCAGUACCCACUCCUGUUUGACAUCUGACAAUGUCCGCUGCGUCAACGACCCAGGCACUUUCCACUGUGAGUGUAUUGACUCCACUCAGUACCAACAGGUGGAGUCUAAGAAGUGUAUUGAUAUUGAUGAGUGUUCAGCUAUGACAGCCACCUGUUCUGCUAACUCUGUCUGCGUCAACGAGGCUCCUGGUUAUCGCUGUGACUGCGUUGCUGGGUACAGAAUGGUGGCAGGGACUUGUGUUGACAUUGAUGAGUGCUCGGAGGGCAGCCAUGCCUGUCAUGCUACCCUGGGUAGCUGUACCAACACGCAGGGCGCGUACACUUGCGCUUGUAUCGCUGGAUACACUGGCGAUGGCGUGAGCUGUGCUGACAUUGAUGAAUGCACUUCGUCUGAUUCUGGUGGCUGUGAUGUCAUUCGUGGGCGUGGUCAGUGUCACAAUUAUCCAGGCACCUACAACUGCAGCUGCCGUACUGGAUAUCUCUUGGCAGAUGAUAGACAUCUCUGCGAUGACAUCAAUGAAUGUGAUGCCUCUAACCCACAACAUGAUUGUACCCAGCUGUGUGUCAACGUUGCUGGCACUUUCCGCUGUGACUGCCAGUCAGGAUUUGUCCUGGCCGCGGACCAGAAGAACUGCACACUGAAGACCACCUGCUCUGCUGGUCAUGGCUGUAGUGACCUGUGUGCAGUGGUCAGUGGUGUGGACACCUGCUUGUGCCAGAAUGAUUUCUACAAACUGGACACUGAUGGAAAGACUUGUAUUGACAAGGAUGAGUGUACAGAGAGCAACCCAUGUAUUGGCAGUAACAUUCAAUGCCUCAACUUGAUCGGUGGCUAUCAAUGCUCAUGUACAAAUGGAUACAAACUCAGUGCAAGUGGAGUGGAAUGCAAAGAUCGUGAUGGAGGAUUCUCAGCCUGGGGCAACUGGUCUACUUGUACAGUAACCUGUGCUGGUGGAACCCAAUGGAGGAACCGUUCCUGUACAAACCCAACACAGGUUGGCAAUGGCUUGCCUUGCUCUGGAAACGUCACAGAGACUCAGACUUGCAACACUGAGUACUGCCCAUUGAGUGAAACAGAGAACAACUAUGGUGUCAUUGUGUCUCUGGGCGGAGUCACAGUGGAUCAGGUGACAGCCAUCAAGGACCAUAUUGUUAAUGUCAUUGUUGGAGCCCUGAAUGACCACUGUAAACAACCAUCUGAGUACAGCACUUGUUGCCCCAACAGUGGGUCUCUUAUCAUCAGUGACAAUAUCACCUUGACCUUCACCAACAACACCUACGUACAGAUUGGAGGCGAUUAUCCUCGUGUCAAUCCACUGGAUUCCACGUUGACAGACCUUCUGAUUGUGGCCAAAUCACCUAAGGACAAUGACCUUUGUGCUGCGGGCAAUGCCUCAACGUCUGUAGUAGUCAGUGGAAGGAAGAAGAGAGCCGUGAACUUUGACCCAUCCUCAGAGUUUGUUAUUGACCAGUCCACCUUCCAGUCCAUAGUGCUGAACAGCGCAGUGUCUUCUUCCAUUGUCUCUGUGGUGGCAUCAGCUUACCCGUCUGCAAACAUCACCUUAGGUGUGGUGACACCUGCGGACCAAACCACCAUGGCACCGACGACAGCAGCAUCAAACACCACCCAGGCUCUUCCUGUCUCCACUGCCACUGACAUGACUUGGGCCAUCAUCCUAGGCACAGUGCUGCCCAUUAUCGUGGUCAUUGUUGUAGUGGCGGUUGUUGUUCUGGUCGUGCUGAAGGGCAAAGGUAAAAAGGUCGAGCCACAAGACGGCUACAGUCCCAACAGUGGAACUGUACGACCCAUGUCCUAUCACAGAGAUCCUACAGGAUUCACUCUGCAGUCAGGACCAGACUCUACAUUCGUCGAUCCAGAAGCUCAGAGAAAUUCUCGCCCAUCCUCCGAAGGAAGCACAUCCAGGUCCAUAGAAAACGAGCGCCCAUUCUCCAACGGAGGUUCUCUCACACCUAGAAAGGAAAAGGAAGAGGAGCGUCCCGUUUCCAGAAACUCCAGUCGUAAUGAGGUCUCUGUAGGUCUCGGAGGAUCUGCUGUUCAGUCUUCCUCGCGUCCACAUACCCCUGAGCGCAACAUGGUAACACCUGUGAUGCCAGUCGAUGCCAAUGACGUACCUGGACCUGCAGUGUACAACCUGCCUGCAGCCGAGUAAAAUUUCCUAUGACGAUGACUAUAUAUAUAUAUAUAUUAUAUAUACACACACACACAUGCGAGUGUGAAUUAACAAAGCAAGUGUGCGUUAUGCUGUGAUGUAGAGGAAACGGAUAUCUCAUAUAUACAUGUACAUGUACACCCGUCACAGACUACACACUGUGUUGGGUCAGUGUCAGCCUGUAGGCAACACUGAGCCAUCUUAAUGUGCAGUCUGGAGACCUAUUGUGAUCUUGUAAUUGUAACCUAUAACUGUGUGCUCUGUGUGUUGUGACAUUUUAGUCUCUAUAUAAUGUAGCUAUCAGACUGCCAAGUAUCUUAAUAAUGUAUAUACAUACAUACAUAUCACACACAUCUACACAUGAUAUUUAGAACAACCAAGUGACCAUGCAGACUUUACUGGUGUGAAAUUGAUGCCUUUUUGAUCACCUUAAUAAUGUGCUUCCAGACUCUCGAGGGAUUUUCAGCAAAUCUGAUUCCAGGAUCUGUCUCAGAGAUUACAAAACUGUAUCCAAAUGUGUGGUUAACAUAUAUAUCACUGGUUUGAUAAAACCAUCAUAUUGGAACUUAAAAUUGGCCGUGAAGAUGGCAAAUUGAAUGUAAUCUGCCUCAAAGGUGAUGCAUGGUUCAAGUAUAUUUACUCUCUGUCCAAAUUCCGUCCACCUGAUCUUUACUUUUUGAUAUUGAGCUUUUUAGUAUACAAUGGCUGGCCACUUCGUAUAUGCAUUUUGAUACUAUCUUGUUUAAUGCCAAUUGUGGCGAAUUUUGAGAUAUAUAGAUUACUGUUACUAGUUUUUAUAAGUGAAAUAUAAGUCAAAAGCAGUAACCAAAGCUAUAUGUAUUGCCAGUUGUAUGAAUAUGUUGGGAAUACACCAGACUGUGAUUGUUCAAGAAUUGAGUAAUGAUAAUUCUUAGUUAUGUAUGCCAUAUCCAUUUGUAUAGCUUCCAACACCAAUGUAUUUACUUUUCAUGUAUGCUUAGACCCCAUUUCCAGAGAUUAGAUCGAUCUACUUUAGAUCGACCUAACUCCCUGGGGGUUCACGC